AUGAUAAUUGAGUCUAUAGUAUUAAGGUUAAUGAUUCCUCAUGGAAGUUAUUUGUUGAAAGUCCAUGAACCUGAUCAGGCGCAGGUGCAAGUAGAACAAGAAAGCGGACAGGGUGUACGAAGUGAAGCACCGUUGGUCGACAGUAGUGCGUUGCCUCUGGAACACAGGUCUGUCUAUGGGGCUCCAGCUCAGUACGGUCCACCGAUCGCUCACGAGGAAAAUUGGCCUCUGGCGUCGCCCGACACUCCGCAAAUUAAGCAUCUGCAGGUGCAAUGCGAGAAGACGCACAUGCGAGUGAACAUUGAGUUUGAUCGGCCGUUCUACGGUAUGAUCUUCAGCAAGGGCUUCUAUUCGGAUCCGCACUGCGUUCACUUGAAGCCCGGUACCGGCCACUUGAGUGCAACCUUCGAGAUCUUCCUCAAUUCGUGCGGCAUGAGUUCCUCCGCGAAUCACAACGUGGCCGCUUAUGGCGCACCGACGCCAUCCGGUAGCUACGUGGAGAAUACGAUUAUCGUGCAGUACGAUCCAUACGUGCAGGAAGUGUGGGAUCAGGCAAGGAAGUUGCGUUGUACUUGGUAUGACUUCUACGAGAAGGCGGUCACCUUCAGGCCGUUCCAGGUCGACAUGCUACACGCUGUCACUGCUAAUUUCCUCGGCGACAACCUGCAGUGUUGGAUGCAGAUACAAGUCGGUAAAGGUCCUUGGGCCAGCGAGGUGUCCGGCAUCGUCAAAAUCGGUCAGACCAUGACGAUGGUACUGGCUAUCAAAGACGACGAGAACAAAUUCGACAUGCUGGUGAGAAAUUGCGUCGCUCACGAUGGCAAGAGAGCACCGAUUCAGCUGGUCGAUCAGUACGGUUGCGUGGUCAGGCCGAAGAUCAUGUCCAGGUUCCAGAAGAUCAAGAACUUCGGCCCGAGUGCGUCAGUCGUUAGCUUCGCCUAUUUCCAGGCCUUCAAAUUCCCCGACAGCAUGAACGUCCACUUCCAGUGCGUAAUUCAAGUCUGUCGAUACAAUUGCCCCGAACCCAAGUGUGGACAUCCUGGUCUCGAGUACGGCGCACCUGCCGGCGGCAUUACUCACGAAUAUGGCGCACCGGUCUCGCAAGGUCUUGCUGCGGAAUACGGUGCCCCAUCUGUGCCCGAAUACGGCGUACCGCCGGCAUAUCCUGAUCCGCGACAUCCCAGCGGACCGGCCGGAGCGUACAGUGAGCCGAAUCCGGACGUCGUUCCAGCACCGCAAGCACAGACCUCGUCCUCUUCACCCAGCUCGACGCCGGGUGACGCUACAGCGAGCAGCUCACCCCAAAGUCCUCAGGAUAAUAUUCACCUCCCUCCGCCUCCUCUGCCCGGUCAUUCAGCGGCGUAUCAAACGGUAAAGCGAAAAGGAACCGCUGGCACAGACGAGCUUGAAGGUAACCUAGUCGUCCUUGGAGGUCGGCCAAGGUCGGUUGAAGGUUUUCCGGCUGAGCUCAGAGGCGCCAGGAGGCGAAGGCAUGAUGAACCGCAUGAAGAUGAUGAUAGUAAUAUCUAUCACACGGUGACCCUAUUCUCCACCCACGUAUACAAACGAGCAGCACAGGAGAUGACAGACGUGAACACUUCGAGGGUCAUCCAGGUGGUCGCGCCAGGCGACGUCAACUUUGCACUGGGCACAACGAACUCCAGCAAUGACACCACUGUGGUUAUACAGAACUCUGCGUCCACCGAUCCAGAGACGAUCUGCAUGAGUUUGCCGGGUUUCGUGGGCGGUCUGGUGAUGCUGCUGCUGGUCGUUGUGGUGGCUUCUCUCGUCGCAGCCUUUCUUUUCGUCAGGGUGCGCGCCGUGGAUCGCAAAAACGCUGCGAUAGGCGGAAAUAGCUUCGUUCAUCCAGUGUACGCGACUGAGAAUUGCAGUAUGCCGAACCCGGAGUUUGUAAAAGUCGCCAACUGAAGAGGCAUAUACGGUGCGCAAAAUCAAAAAAAAAACUUGCCGCAGAAGAGAAAGAAGAGAUCCCCCUCCGGAGGAUCGUCGACCUCGACGACGGGCAAUGCUUCGGGACUGGCUAUUUCAUCCGAAACGAAACUCAAGACACGUGACCAAACGUCGGAGAUUCUCCUCGUCGAAAGUAGCAACCGCGUUUCUCUCCUCUCUUUCUCCUUUUUCAUCCGGGUAGCUUCGCGUCUAAAUCUAGUCGCGUCAAUCCGCGCUCGUCGAAUCGAGGGAGACAAUAACUAAAUCGGUAUUGAGAGAGCAUGAAUUCGAUUGAACGAGGAAGAACGAGGGGGAUCUUCGAGUAGAGCAUGUAAAUAAGAGGCCCGGAAGCACGAGCGAUGUGAGGAGGAAAUAGCGGAAUGAAGAGGAGAGGAAGGUAAACGGGAAAG